AUGAUAUUCAGAAACCCCUAUGUGUUAGAGGAGCAGGAGAGCCAUCCAGGGGGUCACAGGUCAGCUCGCCUCCCCCAGUCCUUCCCCCCCUCCCCCGCCACGCCCGCGGAACCGCCCAAGAAGAAAAAGAAGAGAAAACAAAAUGAGAAAGCUAGAGAGGGCGUAGGAAAAGAGCGAGAGAAAGGGAAGGGGAAAGGGAAGAAGGGGUCUCCCAGGCAGAGCAGCAGGGACUGCCAUCUGGAGAAGAGAGAGAUGCGGGUCAGAGACCUGGGGCUGGGCUUCGACUCGGACGAGAUUGUCCUCUUCAAGUUCUGUGUGGGUUCCUGCCGGGCCUCCAGAACCAACUACGACCUGGCCCUCCGGGCUCUGCUGGAGAACGGGUCUCUGCCUCGACGGACGGUGCGGAAGGUCACCAGCCAGCCCUGCUGUCGGCCCCACAAAUACGAACCUGUGUCCUUCAUGGACGCACACACCACCUGGAGAACCAUCGAAUCACUAUCCGCAGCCAGCUGCAUGUGCAUGGGCUGA